UGAAGGCUACAAGAAAAUCUAGGUGGCUGCACAAAAGUUUUCCUUCACUCUUUUCCACUUUUAUAUCGGAAUAACGGAACAGUUUCGCAUCGGUGACGUCGUGUGGAAAUGAUUUUCAUUCGGUUCGGAUUGGAUGCUAGCUCGUCCUGAUAAUGCGUGGUUCGAAACAGAAGGAAAACAGUAAGUUUGUGGAUGUUCCGCAGCUUCAGGAAGCUGCACCGAGCGGAACGCUACUAGCAACAAAAAUAUCACUGUGUGUGCGCGAUAGUGUUUUGUGUCCUCAAAUGAAGUCGUCGUGGAAAGGCUACUGAAAAGACUUGGUGUUGUAAUUAGCUGGUUAAGAUCCUUCCUCUUCCAACUGUGUCCCAAUAGAUUCCGUUUAAGGUAGCAUUUUGUGUCCGUCGUUCCGAGAAAGUUGAUUCGGAAGAGGAAGGAGGCAGGAGAGAGCGAGAGUAGUGUGUUGUGUGUUGCUGCCUAGAUAGUCGUAUAGUGAAUAUAGAAUGCGGACAUUGAGGGGAUUCUGGUGCUUCCUGCUCGAGUAUGUGGCACUGUCGGUGGUGCUGUCCAGCUGCGCCGCAGCAGCAGCAGAUCAUAUUCCGUCCGUUCCGACGCACAACAUGUCCAACAAAGAACGAAAUGAACUCAAGGAAGAAGCCAAAGAAAUGUUCUACCAUGCCUACAGGGCUUACAUGGAGAAGGCCUAUCCGGCGGACGAAUUGAUGCCAUUGAGUUGCACCGGAAGAUACCGGGGAAUAACUCCUUCGCGGGGAGAUUUGGACGACGUUCUGGGGAACUUUUCCAUGACUCUGGUCGACUCUUUGGACACUUUGGUAAUUUUGGGCGACCUGGAGGAGUUCGAACGGGCGGUUAAACUAGUAAUUAAGGAUGUAAAGUUCGACAACGAUAUAGUAGUAUCUGUUUUUGAGACCAACAUCAGAAUGGUCGGUGGCUUACUAUCGGCUCACAUUCUUGCUGAGUAUGUCCAGAAGCAGGCCGACGUUAUGACGUGGUACCGUGGUGAACUGCUAGAAAUGGCGAAAGAUAUAGGGUAUCGAUUACUGCCGGCUUUCAACACGUCAACCGGAAUCCCGCACGCAAGAGUCAAUCUGAAACAUGGAAUGAAAGUGGAGGCGUUACGUCAUUCCAGGGAGACAUGUACGGCGUGUGCUGGAACGAUUCUGCUGGAAUUCGCCGCUCUGUCCAGGCUGAGCGGGGAACCGAUUUUUGAAGCCAAGGCACAUGCCUCGAUGGAUGCUUUGUGGAAAAUGCGCCAUCGUAGUUCGGAUCUAAUGGGAACUGUUCUCAAUGUCCAUUCAGGGGACUGGAUCCGACGAGAGUCGGGAGUUGGUGCCGGCAUUGAUUCCUAUUAUGAAUACUGCCUUAAAUCAUACAUUCUAUUGGGUGACGAACGAUAUUUGGCGCGUUUCAAUCGGCAUUACAACGCUAUCAUGAAGUACAUCAGCCAAGGUCCGAUGUUGUUGGAUGUGCAAAUGCAUCGUCCCCAUACAAAAACAAGAAACUUUAUGGAUGCUCUCUUGGCAUUCUGGCCUGGGCUGCAGGUUUUGUCCGGAGACUUGAAACCAGCGGUGCAAACUCAUGAAAUGCUCUACCAGGUCAUGCAGAUGCACACAUUCAUUCCUGAAGCAUUUACCUACGACUUCCAGGUUCAUUGGGGACAACACCAUCUACGGCCUGAGUUUAUUGAAUCCACCUAUUUCCUUUACCGUGCCACGGGAGAUCACUAUUACCUUCAGGCUGGUAAAAAAGCAUUGAACGCUCUUCAGAAACAUGCCAAAGUUCCUUGCGGAUAUGCCGCAGUCAAUGACGUUCGUACCGGUAAACACGAGGACCGGAUGGAUUCUUAUGUGCUGUCGGAAACAUUCAAAUAUCUGUACCUGUUGUUCUCCGAUCCUUCGGAUUUGUUGUUGAACAUUGAAAACUUUAUCUUCACAACCGAGGCGCAUCUACUGCCACUCACGCUAGGUCAACUGGGAAAUCACACUUUUAAUAUUAAAGAACACGAGGAAGGCAAUAUGCUGGAUUUUAUGCGAUCGUGCCCGAGUCCGAACAAGUUAUUUCCUGAAACGGUUAGACGUCCCCUUAGAGACCUGGUUACGGGAGUAUGCCCACGUAUAUCGAGUGCCAAAAGACUUAGAGCGGCUGACUUUCAAGCAAGCAAUGCAGAUCAUCUACGGACAGUUUAUGACAUGGGUAUUACGAUGGUUUCUCUAGGCGAGGGAAAAGUUCAGCUGCUGCACAGUUUCUACAACGCCAAAUCACCCGAAGACGCCGAGAGAGGGCUAAUCUUCAUGCAGGAAAUGGUCGAGCUUUCCAAGUCGAAUGCGAUUCCGAAAACGCAACUCCAAGAGGUGUCAUUCCAGAGGAACGGCGAAGAGCUUCAGGUUCUCAAAGCGGGUCCAAGUCAUUUCGGACCGGAGCUAUCGGGAGACAUGUCGAUUUCCCAGCGCGCGGUGUUCGCUAGUCCUUCGAAAGUUUGCACAAGCCUUAAAAAUAGCAGAGAGCUUAACGGCAGGAUAGCCAUUGUAGAACGCGGUGAUUGCACUUUUGUGGACAAAGCUCGCAGGGUGCAGGCAGCCGGCUCGGUAGCUGCCAUUGUGUACGAUAACACACCGAACACCUCGAUCGACAAUCAGCAGAUGUUUGCAAUGUCCGGCGAUGGCCGUGAUGACGUGAAGAUUCCUGUGGUGUUCCUUUUCACCAGGGAAGCCGAAGUACUGGUAGCGGCCAUCAGAGCGGAUCCCAGUCUUGAGAUCACUCUGAGGGCCGUGAAGGAGCUGAGUGAUCUGCAUUCCGAUGCGGCGACGGUUGAGACGAAAGCGAAUCCACAAAAGACGGGAACCAAGACUGAAUCAUCCCAGACCUCCAGCAGCGAAUCAAAAACAGCGCCAUAAUAGUAAGAGUGCAGCCUUCGAUUAGGGCGUUAAAGCGAUUAGUUAAAACUCUAAAGUCGAGGAAAAAAAUGGCAUUAGGAAAAUUGAUGAAACAGUGUAUAGGUUUGUACAUUUUUGAGGACAAUUAUGCGUGAUUGAGACAAAGUGAGAACGCGACUAAAGUUGUGCAUUUUUUUCUUUUUCAAAGUGAUAUAUUUGUUGACGCGGAGUAAAAAGUGUAAUGUGAUGCAGUUUAGAUGUUGCAGUACUGUGUAGGUAAGACUAGUGUAAAGUUUCUAGCAUAAGUUAGGUUAAAUUAAUAAACAAAAACAUGAGAAUGGCAGCAGUUUGUUAUGCAUCAUGAGAUAGCUAAACAGUUACAGAAGAAAAAAAUGUUAGCAACAUAUCAGUUGGAUAAAUGAUUGUUGAAGGUAAUGCGGAUUGGUCGAAUUCUAGUGUUCCGAACCGGUGCUAAUGAAGAAGCUGUUUACUGUAUAAAACCGAAUCGUACUGUACAUAAUCCAUCGGACUUUAGGAAUACGCGUUUAUAGCAUGAACUGUAGAAUUAAGUGCAGCUGCUGAGCAACAGAAAUAAAAAGAUUCCAAACAAUCCUUGACCAGCCAAUCUUCUGCAGUACUUGAGGAUAUUCGCGUGUAAAUAGACGAAGCACAGGAAAAGGUUGCUAUUUUUAGAGAAAUCAUUUCCAGCAUGAUAGCAAUCGCUAGUUAGUCACAAUCGAGAUGCAAUAUGAUAAAGAAUUUAUCUAAAAUCUUAGCGAAAAAUAGUUGUGAAUAAAAACCGAUCUAAUUGCCUAUUAGUGGUAAGUGAUUUCUUAUAUUCUUGUUCUAAUUUUGUAAAUAUAAACGGAUGUUUUAUGAAAA